AGAGGGCUGGGCGUCCCCGGUUUGGUGUCCGUUUCCAGUGCUCAACACAAAAACCAGUGGGCAGGCACUGGGUCGGUACGUCGUCAAGGAAAGCUCCCAUCCAGGCAUCCACUCUUCUGCUAUAAGUAAGAGUCACCUGCUCUUCCCUCAUCCAACCCAUCUCAUCCGGCAAAAAAGAACAGAUCACCAAAUCCAACACAGGAGUGGAGUCUCGCCUUGCUCGCAGCAGCAGCAGCAUCUCCAUGGAAUCCAAGAUGGAGCGAGUGAGCUCGUCUUUGCAGUCGUGGGUGGAGGACCACAAGCUCUCCACCAUCGGAGGCGUGUGGGCGACGGCGGUGGGCGCGUCGGUGGCGUACAGCCGGCGGAGGGCGCCGCAGCGGGCCACCAGCAUGCGCCUCAUACACGCCAGGAUGCACGCGCAGGCCCUCACCCUCGCCGUCGUCGGAGGCGCCGCCCUCAUGCACUACUACAACAGGAGCAACAGCAACAAGAGGAAAGAGGACCUCGACUACGACUUCUACUCGCAGCUGCCGGCGGCCACCGACGCCGACGGCAACGAGAACGAGCGGUGGAGCUGGUAAAAUGGUAACCUCACCUCACCUCACCUCCCUCUUGCGGCAUUGCUGGGCUGCCUUGGGAGGAGAGGAUCGGAGGAGAAAAGAAUAAAUUAGUGGCAAUAAUUGAGGCGUGACGUGGAGGGUUUAUCCUAACCCAUCCAGCUAAUUAAGAUGGGCCCGUGGUUUCGUCUACUUUACAUUAUCCAUCUCCAUCCAUCCGGACGGCAGCACGCAGCUAGCUUUGGUGGAGGCGCCCAUGGUUUGGUUUGGUUUCUGGUUCCCCAGUGCUGGACACGACGAUGCAUGCAUUCCUCCACCCGGUAGAUAUUUCUCACAAGAAAAAUGAAAGCAACUAGUUCGUGUCUUGCUUGUCAUUAUCUUUUUUUUUAUUUUCUGAACUUUCUUGUCAUUAUCAAAGCAAGAAGCUUCUAGAGUGCUUUCAUGGGCUCCACAGCAUAUAGCAAGUGACCGCUGCUGCCUCCUCCUCCUGUAAUGUGUUCAAUGAUGACGACGACAAUGAAUGAGAAUGAUGUUUCAUUUUCCUCAAA